UUUGUCAACACCACACAAAAUCUCCAUUAUCUAAACAAAAAAAUCGUUUUUCCUUUAGAAAUGGCACCGAAGGAAAAAACGGCGGUCGUCAAGGGAGGAGGCAACGGUUGCGGGAAAAAUAAUAAUGAGGUUCAUUUUAGAGGUGUAAGGAAGCGUCCAUGGGGGCGUUACGCCGCCGAGAUCAGAGAUCCGGGGAUGAAGAGUCGUAUUUGGCUAGGAACUUUUGAUACGGCUGAGGAAGCGGCCAGAGCCUACGACGCCGCCGCCCGGGAAUUUCGCGGCGCCAAGGCUAAGACUAAUUUUCCCGUCCCUUGUGAAAAUCUAAUUAAAGGGAAUGACAGUAAAAGUUACGGCAAUAACAUAAACAACAACAACCGUAGCCCUAGCCAGAGUAGCACGGUCGAAUCAUCCAGCCGUGAGCCGGCUCUCGUGAUCGAUUCUUCGCCGUUGGAUCUCAACCUCGUACAAGGUGAGACGGUUACCGGCUACGCAACGGCGGCCGUUCGGUUUCCUUUCCAGCAAGCUUCGGUAGUGCCUUAUUUCCCCGGUCGCAAAGUCUUCUACUAUGAUCCUUUCGUUCGGCCGAACGGUCACCAGUUUCAACGCCUGAAACUCGAUCAUCAUGAUUUCCACGUGUCGACGUUUAACGACGGCGUUCAAAUCGAUUCUGAUUCAUCUUCCGUCGUCGAUUUGAACCGCCACGACGUCAAAUGGGGUCCCCUUCUGAAUAUCGAUCUCAACCAGCCCGCUCUUCCGGAAAUCGCCUGAUUUUUUCCGUACUCGCCGAUCGUCCAACCGGAAACAAGCUAGAAUUUUUUUUAUGUUCCUUCAGUUGUAUCGAAGGUAAAUUAGAGAAAAUACCCAAAAAAGAGAAAUUUUCGGCAUAUUUGAUGUGAUCUAUCAGUUUAUGUGUAUAGUUUAGCUGAAGAACUACCCUUUUUGCAGCAGAGAAACUUCGUCUUCUCCGUUGUUUCAUUAGUAGUUACUGUAUUUUUUAAAAAUUUCCAA